CUGCACCUCAGCGGAAGAAAAAAGGACUGUCCAAAAACCAGAAAAAGCUAGCGCUUGCCAAAGCCCUCGCGAACGCAAUCGUGAUAUCUGAUUCGGACGAGCAUACCACAGCUACGAACAGCAAUGGUGCCACAGCGCAGAGUAGACAGGGCAAUCGCUUCACGGGGAAGGGCACGGAGGCUGUAGUGAUCGAUUGCGAUAUGCCGCCAACAUUCCUUACCUCCCCAUCUCCGACCCAACAAGGACCCAGCCAAUUGGUGGGCAAGCACGCCAAGAAAUGGUUGAUUUCAAAGACAACCCCUGCUACCUCGGACGGGGAUGGGGGUGCCAGCUCACCUAUUGCUGAUCCGAAUUCUGAAGUUGUGAAGCAUACUAUCAUUAGACCCCAUGCUACACACGGGCCUGCCGUGCAUGCCAGCUAUCACCAACAAAAGAAGGGGACAAACAAACGGCUCACAGCAGACCAUGGGGAGCUGAACCUGCUACGUAAGUCUGAGUCUGUGGCCGCCACUGUAUCCAAAGGGCGAAUCUCUCCGUCACCUGUGGUCAAUGCCAAGACACUGAGAGAGCAGUUGCUUCAACGGAAGAAGCGCAAACACGACGAAAUCCUCACCGAAGAUGCGGAUACGAACAUUCAGCGGAACAAACGUCUGACCCCCACACACAGUGAGGGUAUGUUAGUACCGGGUGCAGCUGCCCUGUCCUCGACCCAACUGGAUCCGGUCUGGGUCCCGAAAGAGAAGGACAAUAUGGUGGAUAUGGACGGCUCUGCCUCCGGCAAGCAAAGCGGGAUAGAAAGCGGGACGGCGGGCGGCCCACCGGGGGUGUCCACGGUAGGGUCGCAGAAUAACAACAACAAGAAGAAAAGUACUACGAAAACGACCGCCACACAGGUUGCACCAGCGGCGACGGACCUGUCCGUAGGACCGGGGGUCGCUGGGAGUGGGCUGGGUCACCCUAGCCGAAACACGGACCGGUUCGAGGUUGUGGAGAAGGGUGCAGGUGCAGGUGUCCAGGACGAGGCGAAUGGGGCGGUGUCGGUGGCCACUCAGGUCACAGGAGCGUCGCCCCACCCACCGGCGGCUGGUGCAAACGAGACAAAGCAGUUGGAUUUGCACUCGGGGUAUGUGGCACCUUUGGCGACUGAUGCGCCCGUGCGAGAUGGCUCGGGCGUUGCUAUCCCGACUGUGUCUCAGGAGAAGCUGGUCGUGGAGGGCAGCAGCCGUCUCAGGCCCAAGAAGAUUGCCCUGGACCCCCAAAAGGGACCCCAGGUGCUGAAUAAGGCACCCCGUGACGUCAAAAAAGGGCCGGUUAUGGCUCAAAAGCCAAAGACGGCACCGAAGGGGACAAAGGCAGAGGGGCGAGCCAAGAACCCUGCAAUGCCAGCGAAUAGUCCCGGAACAUUUGAGCAGGAGACACAGGUUGCAAAAGCGGGACCUAAAGCGGGACACGGGGAGAAAGGGGAAUCCGAGCUGAGUGGGGCGGAGAGUUUGCGACAGAAACUGCUGAUGGCCAUGAAGAGGAAGAAAGGUGCCAGUGCGACCGCCAAGGAGAAGGAGUCAACGGUUCGCUCCUCCACACCACCAACCACCGGCCUGAAAGUUGUGGCUAAAAAUAGCACAGAAGCCGCGCCAAACACGCAACCACCACAUGCGGUCCCCAGUGACACCUUGACCACUCCACAGACUGCUAGCAUACUACCUCAGCACACCGCACACAGUCUUAUUUCAUCACAUGACAGAAUACGCCCUGCUUUACCCCAGGCGCAUCCCGGCACCCAAGUGCUGGACAAUACAGGCCCAGCACCUAGGCCCGCAGGGUUUGGGGCCGGAUUGCUUUCGGUUAAGAAAUAUAGUAGUCCGUCGUUGGAUAUGGACAUCGAUGAGGCGAUCGAGUCAACUGCCGAGUUGUAUCUGCCUUUUGCCCAUGAAAAGGCUGCGGCGACAGCUAGCACGCUCAGGGCAGAUGGUCCCACCAACGUCCCUGGGCAAAGGGCUGUGCGGCUGCCCACAACACUCAACUACACCCGAUGCGUAAACCAGUCACAGGUGCAGGUACCCAUCGAGCCGGACGUGUUUUCGCAAUGUGGGCUAUUUGAAGAGCCACUACAUCGCUCUCAAACCAUCAGAGACCGCCGCAAGCGCCACCGUCGAGAUACGGCAGCUGCUGAUAAACGUACUGAACACGUACAGAACAUCGCAGAUUGA